UGAAAAGAGAGAGGGAGAGGAAAAAAAGAAGGAGGGAAAGAGAGUGGGGGCUGUUGCCACGAGCAACAAAUAAACAAAAAUGGCGUCCCGUAACCAAGACAAGGCUAAGAGAAAGCUAAAAGGAGAUGCAGUGCAUGAAUCAAAGAAAAAAGGAUAAGAACAGAGCCUCCAAUCAACCCUCCCUUUUCAUGAAUGUCGAUGAUGGAGGAAUAGGUCAUAUUAGAUCCACUAAGCCCAACUCUCCUUUACCUUCGGUACAUUCGAAGUCUGUCAAAGCACAUUUCAAUGGAUACUCUCUCUUACCAUCAUAUCACAAUAUUCAACUGAUUGAUGUGCCUAGUGUACUGAGUGGCUCUUCAUCAGGCGAUACUGAGGAUGGUAAUAAUGCUAUGGGCAGGGAGACUAAUAAGCAUGUCUCUGAUAAGUGGUUAGGAGGGGCACCUGGUGACAGUGGAACGACAGGAGAACUGGUCCUUGAAGAUGAAGAUGUUUUAGAGCAGUGCUAUCAGAUGGGCAUUGAUCCAGUACAUGAGAAGGACCUGGUGUAUAUUGCUAUGGAAGCUCUGAAGGCACCAUUACCUGAAUCAUGGAGACCAAUCUCUGAUGGCAAAGGUGGUUAUUUUUAUCAUAAUUUUGCUACCGGGCAGAGCACGUGGGAGCAUCCCUGCGAUCAGUUUUACCUUAAGAUGUUGGACAAGGAGAGAGAGAAGCAAGCCAGCUUGGCUGCAGCAAACCAGAGGCCAUCAACAUCUCACGGUCGGCAGGCGUCAGGGACAGCAGUAGCAAAGGCACCGAGUCUAAGCUUGAAAAAUGCUCCAGCACUAGCCCCAGUAAAAGCACCAGAGCUGCCCGGUUCUCUCUCAGUCGGUUCUUCGUUAAAGAAGCCUGCUCUUGCUCCCAUCGGUGCUACUCCAAAAGUUGGAGGAGGAAGGGGAGGUGGACUGUUAGGGGAUCUACCCUCUCUCUCGUUGCCUCUUGGACCAUUGAACCCUCUGCCUACCUUAGAACCACUUAAACCUUCACUGCCACCUCCUUUGGCUCCAACUACAGCUGUGGGUGUGGCUUCAGGUGAUAAGGCUCCUCCCACUAAAGAAGACACUAAGAAAAAAGAUGGAGGGGCUGGGAGGCCGGGGUCAAAUUUGAAGCAUUUCCCUUUGAGGGGUUCUGAUCUGAACGUUGAUCAUAUUUCAACUGAGUUUAAAGAUGAGGAAGAGGAGGAGGAGGAGGAUAGUUUAGAUAAAUCUGAUGAUGAUGAUGACAAUGAUGAUAAUUUUGCCAAGCGUUUUAAUAUAAAAGGACUAGGAGAUGAAUAUGCAACCUCAACUGAGAGUCACGAAGCUAAACCUCCUGUUGAGAGCAGUAACGACGAUGAUAAUACCGAACCUUACAAAGUGGCGAAUCUAAAUGUAGAUGUAGAUUUGCUGCCUACACAUCCACCAUCUUCUGCUCUGCCUCCUGUAAUAUCGUCAGUUAAUUCGUUACUUGCUCAGUCGUCUCAAGCUCCGCCUACUUUUAUGCAGCCUCCUCUUGGUCUCCCUUCAUCAGCAGAUCAGCCUGUUCAAUCUGUAGCCCCGCCUACUCAAGUCCCACCCAUUUUAUCUCAAGCUCCGCCUACUUUUAUGCAGCCUCCUCUUGGUCUCCCUUCAUCAGCAGAGCAACCUAUUCAAUCUGUAACCAUGCCCAGUCAAGCCCCACCUAUUUUAUCUCAAGCCCCACCCACUCAAGCUCUACCCAUAUCUGAUGCUAUCAGGGAGAGAGCUGAUUUAGAGAAAAAUCAUUAUGAUACUUUAGAAAAAUUAAAGGAAGAGCAUGCACAAGAGCUAAUGAAACUAAAAGAGAAGCUAUCCUCUGAACUGGAGGAGAAGAGGAGCAUCUUAGCAAAAGAGAAUGAGUCCAAGUUAACAGAAGAGAGGGAAAAGAGAGAGACGGAGCUCAAGAAAAAGAAGAAGAAUCUCGAAGAAGAGCAUGACGUGGCACUUGAUCUAUUGAGGAGAGAGUUUAGAGAGAAAGAGGAGGAGGAGGAGGCAAGGCUGGAGGAGAGCAAAGAAUCCAUUUUAAGAAACAUGAAGAGGAAGAUUGAUUUGGAGCAACUUGAGCAAGAAAAGCAAUUAAAAUCAAAGAAAGACUUAGCAGUCCAAGAGCUGAAGACUGCAAUAGAGAAAGAAAUGAAAGAAGAGGAAGAGAAAAUGAGAAAAGACAUAAUGUCUCAGCUAAAGGAGCAACUGGAGAAGGAGAGAGAAGAGAAAGGGAAAGAGAUUGUAGAAGAGAAUGAACGUCAACUGGAAGCUGUCAAAGAAGAACUCCAGGCCAGCCUUGAUAAAAUGAAGAAAGAGUUAGAAGCUGAGCAUCAAAAGUCUCUAGACUCAGUGAGAGAAGACUUGACCAAACAGCACGAGGAGAACCUCCAAAGAUUGCGCUCUGAGCUACUCAAAGACUUUAAGUCCAAACAGUUGGAACUAGAAGAACAGAAAACCUUACAGUCAGCCAUUGAAGAGGAAGCAAGCAGCAGAUUAGAAGAGAGGAAGAAGCAACUUAAAGAAGAACAUGAGGCUGCACUAGAAACUUUGCUUGCUUCACAGGAGCAAGAACUAAAAGAUUUGAAACAGGAACACGAAAGAAAGUUAAAUGAUGAGAAAGAGGCACACUUGGAAGCAAUGAAGAAGGACAAAGAAGAUCAGAACAAUCUUCUCCUUAAGCUAAAGGAAGAGAAUGAAGGAGAGUUGGAGAGGGAAAAGGAGGCACAUGAAGUUAAGCUUAGCCUAGAAAGAGAAAGAUUUGAGAGAGAGUUUGAGGCCAUUAAGGAAGAUAGAUUGAAAGAGAUCAAAGUAAAGGGAGAAGAACCAGCUAGCAGUAAUGGGGAAAAUAAGUUAUUGUUUGGAGGUGAGAGAUACAGUGCUACUAACAAUCAACUGAUAUUUGACAACAUGACAACAACUCGUGAUCACAGUCUCCUCAGACAAUCACUGACAUCACCUUUACCCGACCCUCCACCCAUUACAAUACCUCACCAACACGAAAUACAUGUACAUGUACCUUCACAGCCAUCACUUAUCCCACACUCUGCUUCACAAACGGCACCUCCCCUUGCUUCACCUCCCUCUUUAGCACUCCAAUCAGUUACUGAUAAUACUUCCACUGCUACAUGUACUGCAACCAGUGCUGAUAUUUUUAAUGACGUCAAGAGCCUUCGGGCAGCCCAGCAAUCUCUCCUAGCAGACGUCAUGAAGUUAAGAGAAGAGAAGGAAAGGCUUUUGACCGAUAAAUCAAGCAGAGACAAGCAUGUGCAUGUACAAGACAAAAGGGAGAAAAAGGUUAGAGUAUCAAUUCGUGAUAUUUCUACAGCUACUAGUGAGAACCUAGCAAGACUUGAUACUGAAGGCACAAGUGGUUCACCUACUACAGCACACAUAUUAAGAUCAGAAGGAGGACGCUUGUUUAAAAGAAAAGAAUAUGCUCCUAAUAGUAGCGAUGAAUCCACACUCUUUGAUGAUGAGGACCAAAUACAUGCACAGCAAUCACACAAAACUGAUGGCCCAUUGGAUUAUACAGCUAACCAUCCGACCAUCACUCAUUAUGCUUCACAGUCGGGAGUAUCCCCUCCUGUUGAAGUUAAUGAGAAGACUCAAAGGACUCAAAUGACUCCAAGAGAGGGCAAAGUCAAGCGAGAGAAAGAUGCACUCUUUGAUAAAAUAAAGCUGAAACUUGAUAAAGAAGCUGCAGCUAUCAGAGAAAUGGAAAAGAAGCUGCAACAGGAUGGGAGGAGAAUGAGAGUGUUUAGUGACAAAUUAUUAAAAGAAACACAAAAUAUUCAAGAAGAGGAUCAAGAGUCCGAAGACAUUACCCAAAAUAAUGGCAGUAGUGGGAGUGAUCUAGAAGACUAUAAUUCAAUAUACAGUGCUGAUUCACAGCCACAUCCAGUUACUCCCAGCCCAUCAUACACUAGUGCUCAUAUUGCUACUCUUAGAGACCAGCUUGUCAAGGAGGGCUUGCUGCAAGAGUCAAAGUCUCGUUCCCGUUCUCGCAAGACUCAUUCCCGUUCCCACAAGUCCCAUUCUCACUCUCGCAAACUUAGUUUUCACGCUAAAAAGUAUAGUCAGAAGCCUCAUGCCCGUUCCAAUCGGACUCGUUCCCACACUCACGGAACUCAUUCUCAAACUUCCAGACCCGAAAACUCAUUCCUACGCAUAGAAGACUUACAAGAUUCUAGUGGAGUCAGCAGUUCUUCGGAAUUCUCCGCUUCCGAUGUUGCCCCUCAUGGUGCUACGUCGGUCGACUGGUCAAAAGGCAAUAGGUCUAAUGGUCCGUCUGUCUCUAGUGCAUUGGAAAAGAUUAAUGAUCAGUUGGAGGAGGUUUUGGGUUGUUUAAAUGAAAGAGAGACUCCUUUACCUACUUCUUCUCAUCAUAGAAGAGACCCUAUGCUGUAUCCCUUCUCUCCUCCUCCCCCUCCUCCUCUCCCUCUCCUUCCUUCUCCCUUUCCUCCCCCUCCCUCUCUCUCUCCUACUUCUCUCCCUCCUGCUUCAAGCUCUUCAUUCCCUAGUGCUCUUGAUGCAUCGCUCCAGGAGAAAUGGAGAAACAAACUAGAUGCUGGAGCAGCAAAAGAAGGCACAAGCUCAGGCCCAAGAUGGACUGAUACGCUUCCUCUCUCUUCUUCAAAGCUCAGCAGAGAAGGACGCCACCUUAUCCAAAAACAUAAAGACUGGCUUGGAGAAUUUCGAAAAAAUCUACCACGGCAACCAUAGAUACACUUAUAAAUAUGCACAUUCUGCAUUCAAAAUAAUUAGAUAAUUAUUUUUAAUGAUAAUUAUUAUUAUUUUAUUCCUUAAAAAGUUUUCAUAGCCAAAGGCUAAAAAUGAA